GAGAGAACGAUAGAAAACAGGAAGGGAAAUAUCCAAAAGAAAAUGCCACUCACGGUCAGCGGGACCGUACUUAUAAUCCGGUGGCUAAACACACCCAGAGUGUACGAGAGGGUUCCUCGACGGGCGGCGGCAGCUGCACAUCGUCGAGUACACUUAUGCAAUCCUUCCAGAGGGAUCUGGCAGGUGGUCGAUGCUUGCACUCCAAUAACACGUGUGGUAUCUUUUUCCGACCGACACACAUGAAAGAUCUGCUCUGCGUCCGUGUUAGGGUGAAUGUGACUGGCGAGGGGCACAAAAAGCUCAAAGUGACAAGAUGGUUACCAAAAACUGGAACCAAUCCCUUUUUCGAUCAGGUGGAUGAAGUGCGGCAUGCCAGGGCCGGUCAGUUGAGCGACACAGAACUGUUCCAGAACUUGACCGCGGACUGUGAGGUCGCUUUGCAAACAGUUCGACCGCUGAGCAAUCGAAGCGUCUCUGUGUUUGUGUCAAGCCACCCGCCUGUCUCAUUUCAGAACAAGAUUGCUUUUCUGAAGCUUCAACAGCGGUCCCUUGAAGAAUGGCACAUUGACGCCAAACCAGCCCCCACAACUGCUUUGAGGGAGCAAGCCGAAUUUGUCGACGCCUUUGCCUAUGCCUUCUACAACACCCGUGAACGUUGCGAAUGCAUGCUUGCACUUGUUCGACAAGCUGAAGACAAUCUCCCUCAGCGUGUGGCACUUCUGCCUCUCUUCGAUGCAUUCUUGGCUGCUGGCAAGAUCCAUUUGGAUAGUGAAGACAGAUAUUAUUUGCAGCGCGCCUAUCGCGAGGCGCCGCCGUUUGUGCAGCGAGUCGCUUCUCGACUAGAGCCAGCAGUGGCGGAUCGCAUGGAAAAGGUGCUCAACGAGCUGGUUAAAGGGUCGCUCAAGCGGGUGGAUCCUGUCUACCAGUUUCUCUUGCGUGCAAGCUUGGGCAAACCUGUGAUGAACUCAGCUGGACACAAACCCCCAGCUUCAACCCCGAUUGCCACGGACGAAGACGCCCAAGUGCUCAUUACAGUCUGUCGAGACGACCAA